GAGCUCCAUUCAAAAACAGCAACUAUUGUCGUGGCGGGGCGCGCGCCGUGCAGGUCCCGCCUUCUGGUCUUGUGGGGACCGACGCGGAUGGAAGCUGGGUGCCCAUGGCCGUGGCAGCGAUGGCCGAGAGUGGCCGCCUCCCGCACGCCGCGCCCGCGCCUAGCACGGAGGGGCUACCGCGAGCUUUUCUCCAGAGCCUGCGCACCCUCUUCGACAUCCUGGACGACCGGCAGCGCGGCUACGUGCACCUGCGCGAGAUCGAGUCCCGCUGGCAGGGUGCAGACGCCCGCGAGCUGCCCUGCGGCGUGCUCGAGGGCCUGCGCCAGGUGGCCCCCGCCAAUGGCUACCUGACCUUCGAGCGCUUCGUGGCGGGUCUGCGCACCUCGCUGCUGAACGCCAACGGGCGCCCGAGGGAUCAGGCACGCGUCGCUGCCCGAUCUGGGGACCAGCCUUUGCUGCAGCAGCGCCUGAUGUUCGUACCGGCCGACGAGCCGCGGACUGUCCUGGAGAAGAAGCCUCUGCCCCCGAGUGCGCGCCCCGCGCCUGCUGGCCCCAGUAGCACCUCCCGGAACCCUGAGCUACCGUGUGUCCCAGCGGAGGCGGCGCCCUCUCCUGAGGAGCCCAAGCGGCCCCCGAAUAAGGCGCUGGAGCGGAGCCCGAGCGCGGACGCGGAUCGUUCUCAGUGGUGUGACACCCUGCAGAGGCAACCCGGCCUGCUUCUCCACCCAGGCCGAGGAGGUGGCCCAGGAGCACCCAGCACAAGUGCUGAAGGAGGUGCCGCAGCCUGCAAGACCCUGGACACAGGCAAAGGUGAAGCCCGGCAGACUCCACGGGCCCGAGGUGAACGCCGAAGGCAUACCAUCACCAACGGUGUGGACUGUGGCCUGUUGAAGCAGAUGAAGGAGUUAGAGCAGGAGCAGGAGGUGCUGCUGCAGGGCUUGGAGAUGAUGGCGCGGGGCCGGGAGUGGUACCAGCAGCAGCUGCAGCGUGUGCGGGAUCGUCAGCGCCGCCUGAGCCAGAGCCGAGCUGGUGCUGACUUCGGGACUGCAGGGAGUCCCCUCCCUCUGGGGAGGUUGCUGCCCAAAGUGCAGGAGGUGGCCCGGUGCCUGGGGGAGCUGUUGACUGCAGCCUGUUCUGGCCGGGCUCUGCCCUCGUCUUCCUUGGGUCCCACCUCUCCCUCAACACCAGUCUGGCAGCAGCAGACCAUUCUCAUGCUGAAAGAACAGAACCGGCUUCUCACUCAGGAGGUGACGGAUAAGAGCGAGCGCAUCACUCAGCUGGAGCAGGAGAAGUCUGCGCUCAUCAAGCAGCUCUUUGAGGCCCGGGCUCUCAGUCAGCAGGAUGCCGGGCCUCUGGACUCCACUUUCAUCUAGCUGCUGGGACCUCUCUAGGAUGUGCACACAGACUCAAGCCUCGGCCCCGUGGCACUGCUGUGAGCCUGUCUUCUGACUGGAGACUGCCGUCUGGCUUAGCCCUCAGAGCCCUUGAGGGGGCGCCUGCCUCCACUCUGGUAGUCUGGACUGUCCUGAGGCUUGGUCCAGGCUGGCCUGACGGGACACAGCGGGUGCUGUUCAUAGGGCUCUGUCGUGCCUGAAGCUGCUACUUCUAUUGUCAGUGGAUGACAGAGGAUCGUUCCUCCAGGUUUAUCUGACUGUAGGCAGCCCUGGACAAAGGAGGGGGCUUGUUUACAGUUGUCCUGUCCCCUCUUGUAGGGCUCCCUGGGAUCCCUGGUAUUUAGUAAAAAGUACUGGUCACCCUGGGCUGUACUUCUCAAAAUGCCCAGCAGAGGCCGCUGGCUGAGCUGGGUCCCUCUGUCCUGUGCCCUACAGCGCCACCAUGGUGUUUCUGAGUGAGCGAGCAAGUAGAUGUUUUGUACUGAGGGUUGCCUAGGGGGCCCAGAGACCAAGAGGUUAGGAGUUCCUGCUCUCCACGGGGGGCAUAAGACAGUGUGAUUGUGUCUCAGAUGGGAGCAGAAGGGAGACAUGGAACGGAAGGGGGAUGGGGCCCUCUAAUAGAGGGCUUUGUUUGUGUCUGUUGGAGGAGCCACAGGGAUAGAAGUCUGUGUGUAGCAGAGGCUGAGGAAGGAGGAAUCUGGCUGCAGCUGGACCAGGCCAGUCUGGUUCCUAGAAGUAAGCCAGUGGCUUAGUUUACCUACCUUACUGUAUGCCUUACCUUAACUAACUGUCCAGCGUACAUGGUAUCAAGGUAACUCAGGUGUGGCCCUCCUCUAGGGAGGUCCCAUCCCCCCAAAUGGGUGAGUGUGGGCUUCCCAGCUAAGUUAAGAGUGCACCGUGGGCAGAAAACACCCAUUCCACGGCAUGCGGGAUUCCCUGGGUCUGGGAUCUGCUCACACCUCCAUCUUUUAAUGCCCUACUUGGUCCGACAGUGUGGCCAUUGAAAAGUGAACCAGGGAGCACUGGGAGAAGCUUAGCUUCCUUGGAUACGGCUCUGUUUCCUGGCUCACACCUCCCACUGACAGCUUGGAUGGGUACAGACUGGAUGAGGGGCGUCUCUGUUCAGCCUGGUCUGAUGGGGCCAGGCGCUUGCUACCCAAGGCACUGAGACAUCACAGGUGAAUGCUGGGGCCUGGAGUCUCCAGUAUGGAGUACGAGCAUUUGGCAGUGAAAUAACCCAUGGGGUCUAAUUUCCCCUCUGUGCUUGGCCUACACAGCAUCCCAGCUCAGGUACAAGCUAGUCCAGCACCCAAGCCUUCCACGUUAGGAAUCAGAGUGGUUUCUGGGUGGUUCUAAAAGGCAGUUGUGUUCCAUGAGCUCCAAACACCUUGCCUUUAGACCAGUGCUGUCCAGGGAGAGGUCUCCAUGGCAACAGGUUUGGUCUGCCCCUACACCUUCUCCAAGAUGGCCUCGUUCCUUGGGUUUUCCCUGGUACCCUUCCAUUCCGUGGCUUGGCACUACUGUCCCUCAGGACACUUGACUAGUCUAAUAGGUUCUCCAGACACAGCCUGAGACAACCAGAACUGAGGCCUGAUUGCCCGUCCCAUGGGGACACCAGUCUCAGCAGGGUCUCUGGGUCUUGCCAAGCUCACUUUCCUCUUGGCUUUGCCCAGGCUAAGCCACUCCAUCUACUAGAGUCCCUGUUUUGUCCACUAGAUCCUAAGUUUGCUCAGGUCACAUGGCACAACAGAAAGCCACAGGUGGCAGAUGGACAUGGUGGCACACCCCUUUAAUCCCAGCACUCAGGAGGCAGAGGCGGACAGAGCUCUGAGUUCGAGGCCAGCCUGGUCUAUAGAGUUCCAGAACAGCCAGGGCUCCACAGAGCCACUCUGUCUCAAACCCC